UAGGUCGGGUACGUAAAUUCCAUUACCUACAUAUAAAUAUAAGCCGCAGCCGAUCGUUAAAUCCAGCAGACGACUCUCUACAGCCAUGAAGCACACAUUCUCGCUCCUCGUCGCUGUGGUCAUUGUUGGGCUGUGUUAUUCACAGGAUCCAACUCCAGAUCCUUCAAAGGGGAAAUGUCCUCGAGAAUUUUCGAUGCUUGAGUAUAUGUUAAAACCUAAGCCAUGCAGAGCAGAGAAACCGUACUGUCCGGAGGGGCUGAUGUGCUGUCCUUGUCCAAAGAGCGGCAAAAAAUUCUGCAUCAGGCCACGAAUGGACGGUGAGGAACUUUCGGCAGAGGAGGAGAAGUCAUUUUGGGAAGAGAUGAAGAUGAAGCUCAUGGGAAAGGAGGGAGAAGACUACGAAUGCGAAGACGAUGACGAUGAUGAUGAUGAUGACGAUGACCAUCACGAGAAAGAUGACAAAGUAUUCGAGACGGACCGCUUGGCUGAUCAGGAACAUCAUAAAAAUCAUCAUAAAAAACAUCGCAUGAGGUGUCAUCAUCAUAAAAGGAUCCACAAAAUCAUGAAGAUCGCUGCUCCUAUCGUCGGAUUGGUUGUUCUCAUCACAAUCGUCGCCAUUGUUGCCUGCUGCAUUCGCCGACGAAGACAGCGCAUGAGAAAAGCAGCAGAAACUGCCAAGAAUAACACAUACACCCCCGGAACUUUCGCCCCCGUUCCCGACAAAUCGACCAUGAAAGGGUUUCUGGGGCUCGACUUCUCCCCUGAAGUAUUCGUAAAGUCUGACCCUCCCUAUAAGAAACUGGAGGAGGAAAAGGAUCGUAUAUAAUGUCAAAACCUGACAUUGAUUUGACUGUUCUCGGUUCUGAUUUUAAAUUGUAUGUUUAUACUUAAUGAAAGUAAUUAAAGAAGGUCUUAAUUACAACUGGACCAUCGAACCUUGAA